AUGACCACCCCCCUCCAGACCCAACUAGGCAUCCUCUUCGGCUUUCUAGGCGCCAUCCUCCUCUUCAUCCUGGGAUUCAGUAUUGUGUGGCAGAUCAGGAGUAAACGGGAGGCGGUACGGGAACAAGAGAGGAAGAAGAGGAUUUGUGACAUGGGAUUUGGGCAUAAAGGUUAUGGGGAGAACGACGCAGUGGAGGUGUGA